CGUAUCGUGAGUUCCGUCAUCCUCAUCCGUCAUUUCGUGAUAUUGUCAUAGUUUCCUGUAAAUUUGGCUUAUUCGUAUUCUAUUUAUAUUUAUUAUAAUUGUUAUUUAACUAAGUAUACCUCGAUUAUGAAUCGAAAUAAAUAAAUCAAAAUCAUUAUAAAAAAUAUGGACAACCCGGAAUCUAAGAUGCAGCAAGAUGUUUCUAAGAAAAAUUCAUUAGAUGAACUCUCUAAAGAGGAACUGGUAACAAAAUGUAAAAGCUUGCUUCUAAUAGCUCAAAAAGCAAGGCAUUCAAAGCAAGAGCUUCAAACUCAAAUAGACCAAUAUAAAGUAAAAGAAGUGGAAUAUGAAAACUCAAAGAAAAAAUAUGAGGAGAAAAUUCACACCCUUGAAGAACUUGCAAAUUCUCUUACUGAUCAGAAACUCAACUACAUAACAGACCUUGAGUCUGCUCAAAAUAAAUUGAAAGGUUUAAAUCAACAGUGUAUAAAGUCUGAGGAAGAACUAAAAAUUCACAAAGCAGAGUUGAUCAUAAAAGAAAAGAAAUAUGCAGAAACCCUAGUCAAGUUAUCUGACCUAGACAGUGAAAAUAUAUCUUUAAAACGACAAAAUACCAGACUUGUGGAGGAAAAUGAGCAACUUCUUAACCAGCUAUCUGAGUUAGAAGCAAGAAUAGAAGAGUUCAAUAAUAUUGGACUCCAGCAAAGAGAACAGUUAAAGGUGUUAGAAGAAAAACUCCAGUCAGAAAAUGAAUAUGAAGCAACAUUUAAAGAACUUAAUGAGAAAAUUGCUGAUCUUGAAAGUAAACUGAAAUCAUCAGAAAAUACUGAUGAAGGUAAGAAUAAAACAAUUGAAUAUGAAAAUAAGAUAAAAGAGUUAACACAACUAUAUGAGAAUGAAAAAAAUAUCCAAGAAAAAUCUAGCAUUAAGUUAAAAAGUUACAGGGAAAAAUUUUCUAAAUGUGCUGCUUGUAUAAAUCAACUCAAAAAUUCGAGAUUUAUACUAUCAAAAACUGUGAAAGAGUAUUCUGAGAACAUUCCUAAAUGGCAAAAUGACAUUAUCGCUGCUUCCGUCGUUUUAGAUGGCCAGUUAAAAAAGCUUAAUGAAGAAAAUAAUAGUUUAAAAAAUAAGUUAGCCCUAUUAGAGGAGCAAUUAAAACAACAGACAAAUGUAACAGACUGUAAUUCUACGAUAUCUAAUUUAAAAGAUGAAGUCCAAUCUUUAAGAAACCAAAACAUCCAUUUACAAAAACAAAAAGGUGACUUGGAACAAAAUAAUAAUGAUCUAACAAAACACUUGCAAGCUCUUGAAGAUAGCAUUCAAGAUAGUGAUAACAUAAAACAUGAACUGGAAAAACUAGGAGAAAAAUAUGAAGCUUUAUUAUUUAGGAAUACAGAAUUGGAGAAAAAAGAAACUAAGAAUGCGGAACUUAUAGACCAGUUACAAAAACAAAAUACCAAUAAUGAAGUAAUAGAACAUUUGGAGUUGCAAAUAAGAGCUUUGGAAAGCGAAAAAUCUACUCUAGUCAAAGAAAAACUUAAUGCUAGAGAUAUGUCUCUGGAAUUAGAAGGGAAAAAUAAUAUCCUGACCAAUCAAGUUCAAAAGAUGCAAAAUGACAUACAUAAUUUGAACUUAAAAGUCAAUGAAUUAAAGAAAGAGAACGAAAUUUUACACGAACGCGCAAAAUCUGAAAAAGAUGGGCAAGUUAGUGUGUUAAAAUGUCAAGUGGCAACUCUUCAAGAGCAGCAUGAUUUAUUGAAACAAGAGUAUGAAAGUAUAGUCGACAUAAAUGGGUUACUAAAGGAAGAAGUUGAAACUCUGAAAUUAUCUCUGGAACAGCCGAAGGAUGAGACUGACAAUAUGUCUGAAUUAAAUGUAUCAUUGCAAGCCGAUAUUGUGAAGUUGGAAACAAAAUUGGCGGCCUACAAACAGGAAAACGCUACACUUAUAGCCGAAGUUAAGGAAUCGCGUUCGAAACUCAAAGAGUUUGAUAGUUUAGUCGGUGAAAAUGAAGAUACAAAAUUAAAACUUUCAAGUUAUAAAACGGAAAACGCUGAAUUACUAAACGAAAUGAAAGAAAUCAAUCAAGUAAUUAAAGAACGUGGAGAGAGUAUAUCUAAAUUACAAAAAGCUAUUGGUGAAAUGGAGAGAUUAAUAGAUACAUUAGAAAAAGACAGGGAUAUGUCUAAUAAGGAAAAAGAAGAACUUCGUAAAUCAAUAGAAGCGCUAGAACAUGAAUUAAGUAAUGCAAAACAGAAAACCACAGAAGAGAAUGACAUAAGCCAGAAGUUAUUGUCUGACAGAGAAUCUGCAAUAAAGAACUUGGCUGAAAAAGAAGCGAUUAUUUUGGCUUUAAGAGAAGAAAUAGAAAAACUUAGACAACAAUCUUGUUCGGCUGCAGACAUAAGUAACGAAGAUAUGUCUACUUCAACGAUAUCUAAAGCGGAAGAGUAUUCACGAAUGCGCGACUUAGACGAAACUUUUGAGGAAAAGUACACGAAACUUCGAAUUUUUGCUUUAAAACUAAAAAAGAAAUUGAAUGAGACCAUGAUGCAAUUGCAAAGUGCAGAAAAAGAAAAAGAGAAACUUAUUAAGUUGCUCGAUGAGACUUCCAAAACCGUGGUAGCCUCAAGUGAUGAGGUCGAUCACGGACACGCAAAGCAGGCGCAGCAGGAACAAAAAAAUCAGGCUCUUGUAUCGGAACUCGAGAAUAAAGUGCAAAGCCUCACUCUCUCUGUUCAGUCUAUGGAAUCAUCUGCUAGUGAAUUACAACUACUUAAAGGAGAACUUGCAAGUGUAAACCAGAGGUUAGAAGCUGAAAUAGAGGCUCACAAAUCUACAAAGGAAAGCCUAGACAAAGCUCGUCGCGAUGUUAAGAAAAAAGAUGUUCUCAGCUUAGAAAUGGAAGAUUACGAGAAAUCUAUGAAGGACCUAACCUCAAAGAUGCAGGAAAACAAGAAAAAAAUAGUCCAGAUGGAGUCUACAAUCGAUACGCAAGAAGGGACUAUCGCUUCUAUGAAAGUACAGAUUAAUUUGUUAGAAGAACAAAUAAAAGCUGAGGAAACACAGAACCGGUUGCUCCGAGAGGAGUUGCAGAAUGCUAUCGACGAGUUAAAAGAAAAGAAUGAAGUCAUUCAAGCAAAAAAGAACAUCAUUUCAAAACUAGAGCAAGAAGUCGAAGAUGAGAAGCGGAAAAAUGAAGAAUCCAGCCUUGAGACUACUUCUUUACUGAGUGAGAAAGAAAAGAUUAUCAUCAGUCUCGGGCAAGACAAGGCGGAAUUGAAUAACAAAAUGAAACGAAUCGAGUUCAAGUGCGCUGAACUGAAUGACCAAUUGAAUAUCACGAAAAUUGAGUUGGAGGACUUAAAAACUGAACAUGCUAGUUAUAAGGUUAGAGCUCAAGCUGUGCUGCGCCAGAACCAGACAGUAGAUCACAGCCAGGAGGAGCGGCUGAAGGAAGAAGCCGCGGCGUUUAAGGCUCACAUCGAAACACUUUCCUCUAAACUGGCGACAGUAGAGUCGCAGUGCUCCGCUGCCGAGGAGGAGGCAGCGGCGGCGCGGCGGCGCGCGACCGAGGCGGCGGGCGAGCUGGCGCGCGCGCAGCAGCGGGCCGCGAGGCUGCACGCCGACCUCGCGCGCCUCUCGCAGCAGCUUGACACCGAGCGGGCGCACCAUAAGCUACAAGUAUCAACUCUUACACAAUGCUACAAAACGCAAAUGGCGGACAUGGAGGCGCGGCACCACAAGGAGUGUGACGAGCUGCGCAACCAGCUGACGAUCGCGCAGGAGACCGUGGCCCCGGCCGACCUCGACAACCGCACCUUCGUGCCCGUCGCGCCCAAGGAGGACAGCGACACAGAACUGGACAUCAACGUGUCCAUGAUACCGAGGGAGGAGGGAGAGGGGUCAGAGUCGGCGCCAUCGCCGCCGCCAUCAAAGUACAAAGCCGAAGGAGCGAAGGCCGGCACGCGGUCGCCGGUGCCGCUGGAGCGGCUGCUGGAGGAGGGCGUGCCGGAGGACGAGGCCUCCGACGCCGCCGCCCUCGGCCUCACGCCCGACCAGGAGAUCCUGGACCUGCGCCGCAAGCUGCUAUCGCAGCAACAGAGAGUGAAACACGUGACCGUGCUGCUUGCUGAGUCGGAGCGGGAGUGCGCGCGCAUGGCGCAGCUCAGCGAGCUGCUGAAGGGCGAGCUGCGGCGCGUGCGCGGCGCCGCCGGCAACUCCGCGCACAACGCCGAGUACAUGAAGAACGUCACGCUCAAGUUCCUGACGCUGCCUCCGGGCGACGAGCGCAGCCGGCUGGUGCCCGUGCUACAGAAGAUCCUGUCCCUGACUAAUGACGAGACGAGCAAAAUUCAGGCAGUUGCUAAAGGUAUGGAUCCAAACCCAAAAGGCUGGGGAAGUUACCUGCCGUGGCCAGGAGGAAAAUAGUCUUAUAUUUUUAGUAGCCAUAUACUUUGUUGAAUUUAAUUAUACAAAUAGACAGUUUAAAUAAACGUAUAUUAUACAUUUAUUUCUAAAUUAAAAAUUUAAGAUUUUAGGCGUGUAAGUAUCGGCGAAAUUUUAUGAUGUUGGCUGAUCGUAAAGUAAUAUACACUUAAUUUAUUAAUUUUAUUAUGCUUGCUGGUUGCGGAUAUCGAUAAUCGACACAAAGCUCGUUGAGUUAAUUAAUCCUAAACAUGGUACAAAUUGUGAGUAAUUGACUAAUUACUGUUAGUACUUAUAAGAAACACGAAGCUAAACAUGGAAAACGGAGGAGCUCUCACGAGAGUAAACAAUGAAAUAGUUAGCAUCAUAAAUAAUUUAUUUAAAAUAAAUAAACUUACUAAAAGAUAAACAUUUUCAUUCCUGUAGCUAUUUUAUUUUAUUUAAGGCAUGAAUCAAAAUAUGUAGAUAGUAGGUACUAUUACAUUUUUACGAAUACAUCGUAAAGUAAAUGUAUAUUAUAGUAUUUGUAUGAAUUUCCAACUUAAUUAAAAUAUUAUUUAUUUUGUAUUGUAUUCUUUUAACAGUGUAAAAUUAUACAUGAACUGACUGUCUUAAGAUUAUAUUUGGCUUUACCUCAAUUACCAGUUUGUAUUUAAUAGCUACCCUAUCGGGGUGAUAUGCUUGCGAAACGUAUCUAGUUAAAUUAUACUUUUCCAGGAAUUUAUAAUUAUGUAUUGCAGUAAUGGACCCGCGAAUAAUAGUAUGUACGAUUAUUGAAACUUGUUUCAUUAUUAAAAUGAUCGCGGUCAUUAAGCCGUGACAUCAUUGUCAAUGGCAAAAAUGAUAAUAAACAUUAAUUUGAAUAAUAAAUGCCAGCAAGUUUGGAACCGGAUGUCUAUCUUAUCUAAUGUACCACAGAUAUUUGUAGUGUUCAUGCUGAAUCUAUUUUAAACUACAUAUUAGAACUACAUUAAAAUGUUGUGUUCGCCUUGAAUUUAAUAUGUAUUUCUAUCGUUUGCUUUGUUGUAAAUAGCAAUUACUGCUAGUUGAUCGUGCAUUUCAAAAUCUAAAAUUCUUUAGCAUUAUUAAAUAUCUAGGCGUCACCUACAUAAUAAUAAAUAUUGUCUACUAUUUAUGUUUAAAAGAUAAUGAUAACUCAUAUAAUGAGACAACAGUCAAAUUAUUUAAAUAUUUAUUUUAUUGCACAGACAUUAUAACAACUUAGGUACCUAAUUAUAUGUACUCUAUGUACAUCGUAAAAACGUGCAGCUCGUGAUCUGGCGGGUAAUAAACGCAUUUGUGUAAUAAAUAUUAAAUACAAACACAACUACCAUUAUGUGCCUGGAGGGCGGGGCCGAAGUCAACAUUGAGUCUGUUUUAUAAAGUUUGGUGGUAUGUAGAACGCUUGCUGGAACUCAUUCACCGGUACCAAUAUAACAUUGCUUCUUUUAUACUUCUGUUUAAACAGGCAUAAAAUCAAAUUAGUUUACAUGGGGAUCUCGUGAGACAUUGUUCGUUCAAUUGAAGAGUAGGUACGCAGUACAAAACAAACAUAUAGUCUGUCAAGCUGCUUCUGUUACUACAUUAGAGCAGCAAAUUUACAAAAUGUAAAUGCGAAAGUUUAUAGUUCCGUAAUAGUAUUUUAUACAAUCGUGAUAUAAUACAAAGCUUUUCAGUUGAGUACCAUGUUUAGGCCACGAAGCUUGCUGAGUGGCCUAAUAGUACGGUACGAGAGUGAAAAGCUUU